AACCAGGCAGACUUCGAAUCUGCACCUUGGGAUCGGACUGGACGUAGAAAAGACUCUCAGCAGGGUCAGUCUUCCCAGGGCUCUGUACGAACGUGCUGUGGAAUCUGCAGCGGGGAAUCCAGGAGCGCAGGGGAGCCGGCAGCUUGGAAGGUCCUGCCGCGGUGCGUGGCGGGCUUCCACCCGCUGCUCCGAAUACAAACGGUAGGCGGGAGAAGCGCGCCCCGGCAUCGGCGUCGGGCCGCAGGGAGUCGUUGCUGGAGGCUGGGCGUCCGGGGCUCUGGGAUUGAGCAUACUACCACCUCCUCUGCCCGUUGUGCGAGGCCGGAGGCCUUUGGAGCCCGUCCUUUGCUCGGCCGCUGCUGGAUCCAGCUGUACUUGUAUCUUACUCUUCUUCAAAAUAUUUAUUCUGCUGGUACUGAAGAGGAUGUGUUCCAGGGACAUACUUUGUUGUCAGAAAUUCCAUUACCAAAGCGACUUCAUUUUAGAGGAAGCUUCAUUCCCAGAGGAUUCAAUACUCGAGGUGAAAAAAUAGAUAAUUUCCAGAGCUGGAGCUGAAUCGAAUGUUAAAUAAUGGCAACAGGUGACUUAAAAAGAAGCUUACGGAACCUAGAACAAGUGCUUCGCUCGCUCAAUUAUCCUAGCGAGGUGGAUUGUGUAGGUUUGGUGAAGGGAGACACAGCGGCCUCCCUGCCUAUCAUCAGCUACUCCCUUACCUCGUAUUCACCUUUCGUAGCAGAGCUUCUGGUGGACUCCAAUGCAGAGCUCAUAGCAAAGAAUGACUCACGCUUCAUAGAUGCUCUCUACAAGCUUCUUCGUGAUCAGUUUAAUUAUAAACCAAUCUUGACGAAAAAGCAGUUUCGCCAAUGUGGAUUUGCAGAAUGGAAAAUCCAAAUUAUAUGUGAUAUUUUGAAUUGUGUGAUGAAAAAGCACAAGGAGUUGAGUGGUCUUGAGAAGACUCCAUCACAACAAAGAAAAAAAAUCAGUUCUGCUAAGUCAGAACCUUGUUCAAGCGCUGAGAAGACAUCAGCUGAACCUGUGGCCAUUGACGUCAUUGGCAGGUUUAUGACUUCAGGGAAGAAGAAAGCUGUGGUGAUCCGGCACCUGUACAAUGAAGAUGGUGCUAACAUUCCUGAAGAUACAGUAACAGAUGUUAAUGAAGCAUUUGAUAUUUGUGACUUAAAGGCUGCUGAAAUAAAGAUUCCUCUGUUACAGGUUCCUGAAAUUAAGUGUGAGCAGCAAGAUACAGAAGUCAAUCCCGAGAUUAUUGCACUACAGACUAUGCUAGCUGAAUGCCAAGAAAAGCUGAAGACACUGACUUGCAUAGAAAGUAGAUUAGAAUCUUUGGAAGAAAAAAUGAAAGGGAAAGUGAUGGUGAAUGAAAAAACCUGGGCUGAUCUUCUAAGUCGUGUCACUCUUCUUGAAACAGAAAUGCUUUUAUCUAAAAAGAAUGAUGAAUAUAUAGAGUUUAAUGAGAUGAGUGAAGACCGUGCUUCUAGUAGCGACAUGGAUAGUCUCAAUCCGGAUAGAAAAAGCAAAGAGGAAAGGCAAGCAAAUAUUCCUUUGUCCUCUGGUUAUAGUAUGGUGUCAUCCGAUUCAACUCCCAGAACCUCAACUAUUAAUUACUGUGGUUUGAAAGAGAUUUCUGAGGAAACAACAAUCCAGAAAAUGGAAAGGAUGAAAAAAAUGUUUGAAGAAACUGCAGAGUUACUGAAAUGUCCAAAUCACUAAUUAUAGAAUUUUCUGCAUGAACUUCUCUAGGACUUUGGCUCCUGUACAUGUUGUAUAUUUUAAAGAGUUCUCUAUGCAAUUUUAAUAUACUGUAAUAUUUUUAUUAGAAUUUGAAUUCCAUUUGGUAUAUUAGCCUUUUCAUUCAAUGUUGAAUAAAUACUUAAAUAUUUUUAUGCUGUGAUUAUACCGCUUUACUGUUUUACUAUUCUUAGGAAAACUUAGGUGCCAGUACAUUUCUUUUACAGUGUGAGGUCAUUCCAGCACCGUAUUUUUGUGUUGACAUUUGUUGGCAGCGCGCAAAGUAGUUUUUUAAAGUACAGGCUUGAGGACCAUGCUUUACAUCCUGUUGGAAACACUCCACCUAGGACUUGCAUAUUGUCCCCCGGAGGCUCUCAUACAUACCAUCUUGCCAUCUGUACUGACGAAUAUCUUGCAAUGAAAAGUUAGGUAUGCUCGUUGAGAUUAAAAUACAACAAAAAAAACAGCUAUUUCACGCUCAGUCAAAGGGCAGCAACACGUUUUCAGUCAACGUUGAGGGAGUCAGGGCAUGGUUCUCCUUUUGUAUUUGAAAGCAGGUCGGACAGUGGUGACAAUGGAGUAUUUUAGUGCUCUGCUCUGUAACACAUUUUAAGAGCAG